UGCAGAGGAUUACUCCUUCUCCCAGCAGCGAUGGGUUCAGUGAUGUUGGACUGGAGGCUAUCGUGUCUUCUUCUGCAGGCAGCUGUGCUGCUGUUGCUCAGCAAGGGGGAGAGGAUGUGCCCCUCGAGUUGUCGCUGUGAAGGAAAGAUUGUUUAUUGCGAGUCUGGCAUCUUUCAAGACAUCCCAGAAAACAUCACCACGGGCUGCCAAGGUCUUUCUCUGCGUUACAACAAUCUGCUAGUCCUGCUGCCGUACCAAUUCGCCCACCUCAACCAGCUCAUUUGGCUUUAUUUGGACCACAACUCCAUCAAUGCAAUAGACGCGUUAGCCUUUCAUGGUGUGCGCAGGCUCAAGGAGCUGAUCCUCAGCUCCAACAAAAUAAGCCACCUGCACAAUAAAACGUUCAGCGCCAUACCAAACUUGAGAAAUCUGGACUUAUCCUACAAUCAACUGCAGUCACUUCAACCAGAGCAUUUUUAUGGUCUGCGUAAGCUACAGAAUCUUCACCUUCGAUCCAAUGGACUGAAACAGAUCCUCAUUCGAUCGUUUCUGGAAUGCCGCAAUCUGGAGUUUCUAGACUUGGGUUAUAAUCGUUUGCGAAGCCUCACCCGUACAACGUUCUUAGGUCUGUUCAAGUUAAAAGAGCUUCAUUUGGAGCACAACCAAUUUUCCAGGAUGAAUGUCUUUAUUUUCCCACGCCUUACCAACCUCCAAACUCUUUAUUUGCAAUGGAACCGUAUACGAUCCAUCAAUCAAGGCGUCCCCUGGACCUGGCAUAAAUUGCAUAAAUUGGACCUGUCAGGAAAUGAAAUCCAAAUGUUGGAUCCAGCAGUUUUCCGGUGUAUGCCAAACUUACAAAUACUCAAUCUGGAAUCAAACAAGCUGAGUAGUGUGCCUGAAGAAGCUGUGGCCGCGUGGACCUCCCUGAACACCAUCAGCCUGGCUGGUAACUCCUGGGACUGCAGCCCCGGCAUCUGCCCUCUCAUGGCAUGGCUCAAAACCUUCAGAGACUCCAAAGAUAUCAGCAUGAUAUGCAGCAGUCCCAAGUCUGUGCAGGGAGAAAGAGUCGUGGAUGCACUGAGAAACCUCUCGACAUGUGUGGAUGUUUCGGGUGUGUUUACAACCACAGCCCUCAUCAUCCUGACUUCUGCCCAGGUCGUGAAUGCCACAACUCACCCCACUCCCUCUGGUGUUUCAGAUCUGACUCGUACUGAGUCACCGGCACAGAGAUUAACUCCUUCACCUGUCCCUCAUAGCUGGACGGCCAGAAAGACAACAGAGUCCACAACCACGAGGUCUACAUCAAACAUCCCCCCUGAGCCCCCAACAUCAACCAUCCCAGAGCUACAGUUUGAACAUAUGGCUUUCCACAAAAUCAUUGCAGGCAGCGUAGCCCUGUUCCUGUCAUUGUCAUUGAUCCUUCUGGUUAUUUAUGUCUCAUGGAGGCGCUACCCCAACACCAUGAGGCAGCUGCAGCAGCACUCAGUCAACCAUAAGCGCAGGAAAAAGGCCCGAAAGCAGGAGCAGGAUCUUAACUCUCAGCUGCAAGAGUACUACCUGAGCUACCAUUCAAACUCAGAGACUAUGGACUCUUUGGUGACCGAGACAAGGCCUUGCACAUGCACCAUAUCAGGAUCCAUAGAAUGUGAGGUCUGAGCUCCCGGCUCCAUUUUAGGAGACUAGAAGUGGAAUUGCAAAGCAGAGGUUAAUAUUUUUUUUCCACCGGAUUAAGUGGUUUUAUCUAAUGUGAGAUGAUAGAUUCUGCCGCACUGAAGGAAGUACAUCGUACAGCCUAAUUAUGUUCACAGAGACGAAGACUGGAACGGAGAGUUAUAAAGUAUUCGGAGAGAGCUAAUUAUCACCCUGACUGACACAGGAACAGCGGGGUGAUCCAGGUUAGCUCUGUGCAAUUUCACGUAGCAACUGGACCUCUGCUACAGUAUGAGCCAGCUCUGAAGAGAGAAUGACCAUAUUCUUAGUCAAACUGUAUUGCCAUGAAAAAACAAAGCCACUUUUACUUGCUCUUUUACUUUUUCUUUUUUUUUAGUAUGUAGCUUGUAAAGCAUUUAGGACUUAUGUGUGCAUCUUUGAGUGUAUGUGUGUGUUAAGGAGAUCAUCAGAUGAUCUCCUGGUUUACUGACUUCUUGUAAGAUGAGUUACAGAGUUACAGAUUCUGUUAAACCACUGUAGUGCAGCAAUUAGAAGAAGCGCUACCACAAAACCAGAGGGAGCAAUCAUAGAGAGAGCAUCUUGUCCUGAGAUCGUUUGCAUGAAUUCAUUCUCCUUCCUCUCUGUCCUAUAAAAUUAUAAUUUGUUAUUGACAGAGAAACAUUCAGUGUGGUCUCACACGCCACUCAAACCUGAUAUAUUUAAAACUCAUGAGUCUGAUCUCAGGACUGAUAUUAGCCAAGCUCUAAAAAUCAGUCAGGUUGAUGUUUGAAAAGCGAUGAUCUUGAUUUUUCAUACAAUAACUUUUGUAUUAAUUAUUUAUUUCAUUGUGAGUAUGCAUUCUUUGUGUAAAGACAUAUUAU